UGGAACUGGAGCGAGUCGCUGGGUGACGGCGCCGAGCCGGGGGCAGAGCGCGGGGCCGCCGCCGCCCAGGAUUGCUGACCUGCUGGGUAGCGGGGAAGAAGUAGAUGUGAUAUACCUUGAUUUUUGCACAAAGCCGGUGCAUGAAAAAGCAGCUUCCCUGAAGAGCUCUGAGCUCAUGCACAGCCAGGAGAAACUGGAGGCGCCUCAUAAGGAGAAGAGCUUGGAUGCCCUGGAUGGCAGUUUGCAUCUGAAUGAAGCUCUGAAGGAUGAAGAAAUAAAGAAAUGUCUCAGAGAAGCGACACCAAAUAAAUACAACUCGCAGUACCACAAGCUGUUCAAGGACAUUCCCACAGAGGAGAGUGUCUUGAAAGUCUGCUCCUGUGCGCUCCAGAGAGACAUCCUCAUCCAGGGGCGGCUCUACAUCUCCCCCAACUGGCUCUGCUUCUAUGCAAAACUCUUCGGGAAGGACAUCAAGGUGGUUAUCCCGGUGGUCUCGGUUCAAUUGAUAAAAAAGCACAAAACGGCCCGGCUGCUGCCCAAUGGGCUGGCUAUCACCACCAAUGCCAGCAGAAAGUACAUCUUUGUGUCCUUGAUCUCUCGAGACAGCGUGUACGAUGUGCUGAGGAGAGUCUGCACACACCUACAGGUUUCAAGUAAGAAGAGUUUGAGUUUGAAAGAAUUCACAGACGAACCUGAUUCUGUAUCCCUGGAGGUGAUCGUCCCAGAAGUGAAGUGGAGGAAGGUUUCCCCAGCAUCUCUGUCCCUAUCUCUCCCAGAUGCAGACUACCAGUGCAUCCACCGAGCGUCCAUCAGCAGCCUCAGCACCAAGGAGAGCUCUUUUAAUUCCGAGGAGCCCCUGGUAUCAGAAAGUGCAAUAAACACAGAAGAGGAGGAAUUGGAGGAGGAACCAAACUAUGUAGCAGAGCUGAGACCGUCUGAUUAUCAGCUCUUGAAAAUCUUCAUUGUACUGAUCUGCCUCCUGGUUGUGUCCUCGUCAUAUCUGGCAUUCCGGAUCUUCCGUCUGGAGCAGCAACUCUGCUCUCUGAAUCGGGACUACCUCUCACGUGGGCACCGGAGGUGACCAUCGCCCUGGAGCUGUGGCUCACAAUGGACCUUGACAGGAAAAUAGCACUUUGUGUACAGAUCUCCAGGGAGUCCUGCUGGUGAGCGUGGCUGCAAUAUCGAGAGAGUCUGAACCAAGGAUUGCUCAGUCUUUUAUUCCGCGUUACUUCUGGCUCGCGACACCUCCUUUUGCAAUGGCAAACCCCCACGUCCCUCCCUCCCUUGGCCUGUCGCGCGGUGGGAUUGGACUGGAGCCCAGCAGGCCAUCCAUGCAGUCACUUCUUCCAAACGACAGCCACCCGUUUGUACCAAACCCACUCCCAAGCCUUGACUGUUUAUCAGAGUCUUGGGUGCAGCUUCAUUGGACAGCGGCUCGAGCUGCAUCUCCAGUCGGAUUCUGAGCAAGUAAGAACAGUUAGUAGCUCGAUGGUCCAGGAAUCGCCUCUGUUGAGCAUAGAAGGUGUCACAGCAGCACGCAAUCUGCUGCGCCCUUGAUCAGCACAAUUAGGACCAAAUACUGUUGUUUUUCUACCAGCAGAGACUCCUGCUCAAGCGGGUACAGACUGUCAGUAUAACCCUAGCUGCUGCCAGCAGGACUCCCCUUCUUUUCAAUUGGCGAGAGCCCGGUGCUAGUGAAAUUACAUGUUCUUCCAGGGGCCUUGGCUUUGGCCCAGACGCACGGUGCCCAGAGCCGCAUCACCAUGGUAGCAGGAGACUCUAGCUCUAUGACACCAGCAUUGGGCCAUCGUCGCAUCCAUUGGACGGUGGCACACCAGACUACAGGACAACCGUGGAUCUCAGUUAAGUGAGAAGCCCCGGAAGCAGAGACUGACCCUCCCUACGGAGCUCAGGACUGGGGACACAGCUGAGGCAUGUUCUCUUCUCCCAGAACACACAUCCCACACUCAGCUAGUUCUCCUCAGGACGGAUUUCCUCUUGCCCUUUGGGGUUUCCACAUUACCGGGUCCUGAAAUGCAUCUCUGCUUAGGUGCCAGUGUUCAUACUCAGGCAAUAGCUCAGUUACAGUAGUUGUCAUAACAACUUUCAGUGUAAAAAUUACAGCUCCAGCGAAAUGCCAGACAGGAGUUAGUGCUCCUGGCCCGAUACCUGCUGAAGUCAGGUUCUUUAGGUGGCAAUAGCAGACUGUUAGUCACGGGGAUUCUUGUGCAACUCACAUCCCCUGUGAGGCUAGUGUGCGCAGCAUAGAUCAUGUUUAACCGCCCCAUGUCCCUUCCAAAACGUACCCCGGUCCCUGUGCCAGCGUUCCUUCAGGGCAGAAGAGAGGUGAAAAUAAAGGCUGAGGUGGCUCGCUAACCCCAAAGCCCAGCCCCACCCAGCGCUGUGCAGAGUAUGUGCCAUGCUGUAAUAAUGCACUCUGCCGCGCUGGGCAAUCCAGGGAAAGGGCAGCCCGCCCGUCCGCAAGCAGAUGCAAAGCAAGGCCGACCUGCACUGGGUAGGGUUCGGCAGUGGGGAGAUGAACAGGCUAGAAUAAGACCCCCUCAUUUGGCUCCUUGAGGAGGCCAGAGGAAGAGUUUGGAGCAAGAUUCAGGAGGGCUGUUUGAAAGGCAUCUGCACUUUAUAGGCAAUACGGAAUUUGGCCAGCAACCAGCAGUGCUGAAUCCGAACUUGGAGUGACGGUUGUCUGAUGGCGGUGCCAGGCACACUGUGCUCUCCACACGGGGCUCCUCAGCACCCCAAGUUUCUAACCACAGGAGAAGGCUGUAUGGGAGCACCCCCAAAGGAGAGUUGAGAGCUGGGCCUGGGCGGUGGUCUGUAGUAGGAUGUAGCCCUGCUGCGAUCAGGAGCCAGCGAACACCUUAGAUGGGGCAGGAGGAAUAGAUGUGUCUGUGUUCCCCUGGAAGCUCUGUGUCAUCAAUAUCUAAAUGAAACUUCCAGUGCUCUUUGGCCUGAGGCGGCGCCGUCCCUGGGGAGUGCGGGGACUGAGCAGAAACCUUGCUGCCCAUGGGGGACAAUGGAGCUGUGGGGGAUGGGAUCGGAGGCAUGAGUGCAAUGCUGGAAGAGGCUGCGCUCAUGAAUAUUCAAAAGCCUGGCUGGGCUGAUGCAUAUUAAGAGUCCAGCCUGCUUAGCGUUCUAGAAGCACCUCUCACACAGCCACUGUAACCGUGCGCUUUAGGACCCUGAUCCAAAGUCAAUGGAAAGACUCGCAUUGGCUCCAGCAGGCUUUGGAUCAGCCCCUCGUUCCCUUCACACUAAAUAAAGCCGUCUCUGCAUUGCUCGUGUGUGUGAAGCGCUUUGGGAUCACAUGGAGCGAAAGGUGGGAGACAGACACAAUACAGUGCAAGCGGCACCAGGAUGCGGCAUUCCCCUCACACCAGCAAGCAGCUCGUGUAACUCUGGUGUCAGGGUGCCCGGGACUCCCUCAGUGAGUUGUUCCAGAAGGGAUGUGCCCAGCAGUUGUGCACAGGCUGCUGGAGAGUGGCCGUGCUGCCGGCAAUACUCACCAAUCCCCUCUUCUCCGGUGUGUGUGUGCAUCAGGCAUCCGGUCUUUGGUUUGAUUGUGUUUGAAAGCGCUGCUAAAACAAAGUGCCAUGUCACCUGUGAGCUGUGCAGGGAGCUGUGUCCUGCCUUCGCUUUCUCUUUUCCCCGUCCUCCCUCCCCCCCCCCCCCCCACUCACUUCCCAUCCUGCCCCGGCAGCCGAUCUUACAGAGGAGAGGAACACAGCUAGCAAGGAGGGCGUGAGGACUGGCCGGAGCGCAACAAAGUGCCAGGAAAUGCUGCUUUAUGCCAGGGAUCAUUUCUGGGGGGUACGGUCUGACUCACUCUCUUGCACAAAUGACAACUCAGCUUUUCGGAGUACGAAUCUCUUUCAGUGUUUAACAAAGAAACCUCCAGUGACGUUAACCCACGCUCCUGGGGAUGAGGUCCCAGCGAGCAGUGGGGAGUGGGCUCGCUUUGCAGAUAGCACUCUGCUCCUCCAUCGCUGGAACUAUUUGCCUGCGGAUUGGCCAUCAAAGUUGCUCUUGCACAUUUGCCUGGGUCAGGACUGCUCCCGGCUUUCACCCCAUCCCCCAUAAACACUGACAUCAGGACCCCUGCAGCUGGCGGAGGUGCACGUUGACCGUGUUAGCCACAGCUCUUGAAAUGCGGCAGUAGUGCUGGCAGCUUCCUGACAGCAGCAGGAUGCCUGGGGGAGAGACAGGGCUGCAGUGGAUGUAGCCGUGUCUGCUGUGUUGCAUGGUGCCAUCCAGGGAGGAGCACUGUGAUGCAGACUCCUGCUUCAAAGCACAGCGCUUGCAGAGCUGCGGAGGGGGCUGUGCAGGCGGCGGCAGGACUUGCAGAAAAAGAACGACAUGCUCCAUGGCCUAACCUCUGUGUGUCUGGGCUGAGCUCAUUCAACUGCCAUUAACCUCACAACUGCUGCAGGGUCAGCAGCUGCUUCUGCUCCAUUGCCAUCAGCUCCGGGGCUAAGCAGGGCUCCCGCAGCAGGAUUCGAACACUCCCCUCUGGAGAGGUAGGAUCAUAUGACGAGCUUAUUGAAGACUUGGGAUCUGUUUGAGUAGCACGCUCGUCCCAAGGCCUUUGUUAGGGGUGGGCAGUGCAGUGCAGAACUAGGGGUGCCAUCGUGUGUUCCUGUCACAGCUAGCUGGGGGCUAGCGUGGUGGGUGGGGCUGGGACUCCACUCGUCACUGCGCAGAGAGAGGUUUCCAAGCACUAGCAUUUGGAGGUAACUGAGGAUUUGGGAGCUCUCCUGAUCCCCCUCCCAUUGCAGCUGUUUUCCACUGAAAGCACCGAUAAUGUAGUAUCCGAUAUAGGUUUUUAUAUCCCACUCCUCACCAUAGUCUGUGGGCACCUUCCAGUUGGGCAUCAAGCAAUGUGACUGUGCAUCUGUCCCAUGUUUGUUCUCCUAUCCUCGUCCCAGAGGGAGCAGCACGUGCAGGGGAGUGUCUUGUUUUGGUAGGGGUGUUUUUAAUCUUAUUUUUAUUAAAUAAAUACACCAUUGCAGAAUGGACGUCAAAGAAACGCACCUUUCACUUGGAGCAGAGAGUGGCGAGGUUUGUGGUAGCCCUUUGUCCCUGGCCGGGGGAGUUCAUUGCACAGGCUCAGACUGCCCCUGGAGAAAGGUCUGUCUCCCGCAAAGAUGACCUUUACUCUUAUUAUGGUUCCAUUGUGACAGAGGAGCAAAGUUGUCAACCAAGGUCUUCAUCCCAGAGCUUAAAUGGUCUUUUAGUACCAUGGCACAGUCCGUAGAAUGCUUUGAAGAUAAGGACUCAGCCUUGAACUUGAGUGGAAAUGCUAGGGGAGCCAGCGUAGAGAGUAGAGGAAAGGUGCUCGCAGCAGCUGUGGUGCUGAGAUGUGCUGCAGUGUUCUGUACUCAUCGGAGUUCCCUAAGCGCUGCAGGUUUCAUGCCCAGGUGUAUUGCAUUGCUGCAGGCCAGUUGAGCGGUGAUGAAGGUGUGAAUAACUGAGGCCAGGACUGAUGGGAUGGUGUGUCCAGCCAGCCGGAGGUGGUGGAAAGCGUUACAACCAUUGUGACAUGCGAGCUUGUUGUCAGAGAAGAAUCCAGGAGUACUCCUAAGUCGAUGGACUGAAAUUGACCAAUUGUGGGUGUGAACUUCAGCCAAAGGAGACUCCACCAUGGCUGAAAACUCUUCAAAAUACAUUCCCCCAUCCUCCAGCAUCAGCUCUCUUUUUUCUUGGGUUUAGCAUCAACCAGCUGUUCUUCAUCCAUGAGCUGAUCUCAUCAAAGCAUUGGGUCAUCUUGGUGGUAGGCGUGUGGUCGUAUGUAGUGAACAAUAGGUAGAGCUGUGUGCCAUCGGCAUAUUGUUGGCACUUGAGUCCAUGUCAUCCGAGCAGCUGGAUGUAGAUGCCAAAAGGGACCAGUGAGGGAACUGAUCCUUGUGGAAACCCAAAGUGAGGGGGGUCUAGUGGUAGAGGUGCAGUUGCCCAUCUCUGCUCUUUGGGUGUGUUUGUACAGGAAGGACUCAGGCCAUUUUACCUCAUUACCCUGGACUACUGUCCUCUCUUUCAGGCCAGACAGCAUAUCUCACGGUCAUCUGUGUCGAACACUGUAGAGAGGCCCAGGAGGAGGAGAACGGCUGUCUGCCCACUGACAGCAGGAGAUCACCCAUCAGUGCCACUAGGCCAGUUUCAUUUCCGUGUCCUGGCCUGAAUCCACAUUGUGCAAGGUCUAGAAUGUUAACUUCAGUUAGACGAUCUUGUAAUUGGCCUUUUGCUAGCUUCUCUGCGAGCUCAGGAACAGGAGGUUUGACACUGGGCUAGGACUGAAUUGAAUUCAGACUGGAGGCUUUUCUAGCUGCAAUUUAGCCUUCAGUUGUCAUCCAAUCAUUCCAUUUUUACUUUUGGCAUUCAUUUAUUUUACUCUUCUAGGUGCAGUUUAUUGUUCCAUUUUCUAGCUGCAAUUUUUUGUCCUUCUCCCCUCCGGUCUUGUUGUCACUAAAAUGGAGAGCUCUAAGCUGGGAUGCCAGAGCUACUCCAGCAGGAGAACAGGACUUUAUUUCCUCUUUUUACAUCCCUUUCUGCAACCCGCUCCAGUAUACCUCUGAAUGCCACGUGCUAGCUGCCAGUCACGGGUUUGCUCAGAUCUUCUGGGAGAUGGGACGUGAGCACACAAUCCUUUAGAAUUUUAUAACGGUAUUUAUUAUCUUUAAAGAGCCGGGAAAUGUAUCCCAAGGCAAUAACCCAGAGAUGAGCAAAUAUUAAAGCUCUCAGUGAUGAGCCAGUAACUUCCCAAGACCUCAUCUUCCUGAGCUGGGAUGCAAGGAGGAGAAUAGGAACCAUCCCAUGAGCUAUGUGAUUGGGAGACGAGAGAGCUCUGCUGGGGCCCUUUGAACAGUCCUCAUAGCUGCAUGUUCACGCCCUAUCUCCUAGUGACUGGCUUGCACACUCAAGUAGCUAGUCUCUGAGGGUGUCUCUACACUGCAAUUAAUCCACAGCUGCCCUGUGACUCGGGCUUUGGGGCUGUUUAAUUGUGGUGUAGAUGUCCAGGCUCAUGCUGGAGCCUGAGGGUCCAAGAGCCUGGGCUGCACCCUGAGCCUGAAGGUCUACAUGGUAAUUAAACAGGCCUGCAGCUGAGCCUCAGGAGCCCAAGAUGGCUGGCACAGGUCAGCUGCAGGUGUCGAAUGGCAGUGUGGACACACCCUGAAAGGCUCAGCAGGCGGAUCAGCCAUUGUGUGGGGCAGCAAUAGCUUUGUAGUGGAUAAAUAGGAAGUGGGCACUGAGGUGUUCACAGUGUGUGCGCUGGCUAACCGAGUCUGCCACUUGCUUUAGCUUUGCACCAAGCAGCCGUUCUUUGCCCCUUUUCAGACUGUUGCUGAACCUGAUCCUGUUUUGAUGUCUACCCGUUGCCAAUGUUAAACACUCUGGUUAGUGAAGGACCCCUGCAAAUUGGCCAGGUGCAGUAGUAGGUGGGUUUGCCAUCCUUUGACGCACAAGGAAUCUUGGCUGCUCGUGGAGACAGGAUACUGGACUCUGAUCUAAUCCUGUGUCCCUGAGGAAGCUCUCGGUCCUGCUGUUGCACUCUGUGUUUUGGGUGUUUUGUUUUGGGGAGGAGGAGAAUGUUUGCAAUCCACUAGUGAAAUGAGUGUCCCUGAUCUGCCAUGACACACUUCUUACCCUGAGUUGCGUCCUCUAACCAGCAGCUGCAAGGCAUUGCAGACAUAAGAGCAGCCUGGUUUCUGUAAGCUCCCAGAUAGAUCACAGUGAAAUCACUCAAACAGGCAUUUUACCUGCCUCCACCACCUGAGACUGGCCCUCUCCCACUGAAGUAUUAAUGUCAAUGAGUGCAGCAGCAGGCAGUCAGACGGGCUGUAACCUCAGCCAAGGAGGAAAUGCCCUUUAGCACCGCCAGCGUGGUCAGGCUGAAGUGAAAGUGACAAGACCUGGGGUAGGAAUGGCCCAGUAGAUGUCACAAUCCUGUAGCAUGGGGGAGGAUUCCAUUCAGACACACCAUUCUCCCUCCUAGGAGGCUGGGGACAAAGGCUGGAGCCAUUCUUGGUCCUUCUGGCCAAAGGACGGGGAGGAGCCAGGGCGGAGCUAAUGAUGCAGUCAUGAAGCUCCUUUUGAGGAGCUGGGAUCUGUCCCUGGUCUGGAGCCACAUCUUGCUGCGCCAGUCACUUGUACAGUAUUUUUGUGAGUCACAUGCAAUCUCGGUGCGAUUUUUACCCUUACUCUUCACUCCAGCCUGCCCGAGGAGUGUGUGCUGACGCAGCACCGCAGCUGGGAACUCUAAUUACUGAUGCAUCAAUGACUGGGGAAGGCAGCUGAAGUCGGUGCAUGCACAGCCCAGCCUUGCUGCUUCUAUCUUUAUCUCUAUUGUAAUCCAGAAGUCUUUAUGUAGAUCCAGUGAAUGGUUCAUGUCCUUUCCGCGCCCUCCCCCCUCCCCCUCCCCAGUUGUAUAACUACACCUGUUGGCCAGCGGGUGACAUCUGGGGCAUAGAUGCUGUCUUGCUGUAGCCUGUGAACAUAUUUUAAAUAAAAACUGAUAUUUUCUAA